GAUCAUUCUCCCGGUCUGACAUUGCCGGCUGCUCCAGGGCGAGCCGGACCAAGAAAAAAAAAGGAAAAAGAAAAAGAAAAGAAAAAAGAAGGGCCCCAAAGCAGGGGAGCUAGGUCAUGUAAGGAGGGAAAUUCACAGAGGCUCAACCCGCUGCGGAGGAUACACAAGGGUUACACGGCGGCAGUGCAGACAGGACGACAGGAACAGCGUCACCGCAUGGCGUCGAGGGCAGGAAGUAUAUAACGUGGGCAUCUGAUCCGCGUCAAGUCGGGUGUGGGUGUUGGUCCGGCGGAGGAGGAGGGGGGGGAGGAAUCGAUGGCGGUGAAAUGGUGGCAGCGAGAGGGAAAGGAGGGUUCUCUCUCUCUCUCUCUCAGUCUCUCUCAGUCUCUCAGACUAUCGGCGAAGAGGAGAGUAACGGAUGGGAGAGAGGCCCAAGACACCCGGAGGAAGAGGGUACGACGGUACCCGGGGCUGGGCAAGAGGAGGGAGGGAACCACGGCGGAGACUGAGGAGAGAGAGAGCGAAAGCAAAAAAGGUCAGCGGGAGGGAAAGCCAACGCUGCCGGUGCUGCUGCUGCGGUGCUUUGCUCGCGCCAAGGGCUCGGCAUCUGGGCCUCUCUUGGCGCAAGCAAAAAAAUCCUCUCCUCGAGACGCAUGGUAUGGCGCAUGGCAGCGUGUGGGCGCCAUUGGGCGGGCAGUGGAACAGCAGACGACGGGCGCAGGAUCGAUGGGCGCCCUACAGGGAGCGAGCGGUGUUUGGGGACUUGCUUUGGUCCCUUUUAUCGCGGAGAAUGUGAGGCUCUGGGUACCCUGGGUACGGAGUAAGAAAGGGAGCUGAGGCCGGAAGAUGCGAGCCGAUGGCCAGCGUACGGCGUACGGCGGUGACGAUACGGCGUGCCAAGCUGCCAAGCCUUGACGGGGAAUUUCUGCUGGAGCCGGUGCUGCUGAUUGGAUGUCUGGCGCCCCCGUGAUCCACGCUUAGUGAACUCUGUGGUCUUG